CUACUACACAGGCGGCGAAAACCGAUGCCUCUUCAACUGAUGGAUCUACCAAAAAAGCUGUAGCAACUGAUGUCACUACUCCUCAAGGAGAAUUUAUCCAAGGCUCUACAACUUCUCAUAUUCUAGUUAAGACCACAGAGAGUUUUGAUAAGUCAUCAGAUUCAUCCACGGCAGUUACACCAGAGGCACUAAAGAUCAGCUCUAAGACAGAAAAAUUGGCUAAGGAUUUUGUUUCUACCUUAAACAAAGUAGAUGUCCAGCAAAAUAGCAGCUUGAAGGAGGCAGUCAAUUUGUUCCAAGACACUAUCGAAGAGUAUAGGAAAAUUCACAACCUUGAAACGCAAGUGAAUUUAAAAAAAAGGGAGGAGCGUGUGAAAUCGAUAGCUGAAACUGCAAAGGCUUUUGAGGAUUUCGUUCUCAAGUAUACGCAACAUCAUCUCAGUGAAUCAAUGCCACAAAUCUACAGGGUUUACGAAACACUAGUUCUGCUUCUCCAGAGAGCUUCACACAGAAAUAAUCAAGAUUUCUACCUCGUGGAACCACAAAAAGUCGAAUAUAUUAGAAUACCUUCAAGAAUCGUUGGAAGAAACGGUUCAUUGCUGGUGGGUUUCAUAUACACAGAUCUACAUGCGCUCUUCAAACCAACUCGAAUCGACAACAAUACAAGGAGCCUUAACUCAAAACUAAUAGCAGCGACGAUGGAUCCAAUGCCGAAACAAUUGGAACAGAAUGUUAUCAUGAGAUUCAGAAAUAUCAAGGCUACUGAUACUAAAAGGCAGUGUGUGUUUUGGAAUGAAUUUAAUGAAGAGAGUCCAGACGGCUGGUCUGGGGAAGGCUGCCAUGUGGUAACGUCACAGAGCAAUUCAGAAGAAACAGAGUGUAGUUGUAAUCAUUUGACUCACUUCGCGGUUUUAUUCGAGUACGAUGGUACUCAAACGCAGAUAACAGGAACACAUCAAAAAACAUUGAACAUCCUUACGUACAUGGGCUUAGCUCUCUCCCUCAUUGGAAUAACAAUUACUGUGUUCUCCUACAUUUUCCUAAGUGAUAUGCACCAACCUCUCUCUCAAAUAAGAGUGAGUCUGACUGGAUCUCUUGGAGCUGGGCAAGUCAUUUUUCUUGCUGGAAUUAACAAAUCAACAAUCACGGCUACCUGUGUCGCUGUGGCGGCUCUGAUGCAAUACUUUUUUACGGCCGCUUUUUGUUGGAUGAUGGUGGAGGGAAUUUACCUUUACUUGUUUAUUGUGAAAGUUUACAACAUUAAAAACCGGAUGGCUAUCUAUCAUGCUUUUUCAUGGGUUUUUCCUGCAGUAAUGGUCAUUAUUUCUUUGAGUAUCGCUGCAGGAAAAGACGGAAUCAAGAGCUUUGUCGACGAUGAACACUGCUGGAUGUCUUCUGCAAACAAUCUUAUUUGGAUUUUUGUUGCGUUUGUGAUAAUAGUUGAAGUGCUGAACAUACUGAUUCUUGUGCGAGUCAUCAGAGAAAUGACCAAAAUGCAGCAAAAAAGGGGAACUAUUCAACACGUACGACUUGGGAUAAGGACAUGUGUUAUUUUGCUUCCUCUUCUGGGAUUCACUUGGUUGUUUGGCCUUUUGUCACCAGUGCAUAGAGCAUUCACCUACAUUUUUAUUAUCCUUAACUCUACUCAGGGUUUCUUGAUUUUUCUUCUUCAUUGCGUUAGGAACAGUCAG